AUGGCCACACUCGCGCUGCAACAGGCGCAGCAGCCCGUCGAGCCCACCCUCACCGUCCUCCUCUCGCUCGCGAUCGCAGUCCUCGCCUACCGCACCGUCGCAGCGCUCGUGCCGUUCCUCGCCAAUGACCUCGUCAGCAAGGGCCUGAGAGGAAGGGACAUGCUCAAACCUGGGUUCAAGCGGGACGACGAGACGCCGGCUGUGGACGACGGAGCAGGAGGAGGAGUGGUGGACGAGCCAGGGACCCAAUGGCUACCCGAAGCGACGGGCGUCAUCGGCGCAUCCGUCUACAUCCUCCUCCUCUCGCUCUUCGCCCCGCUCCCUUACAUCACCUCUCUCCUGCCCGACUCCCUCCUCCCUCCCUCCGCCAAGUCCACCCUCCCCAUACUGAACACCACAACCCCGCUCAUUCUCCCCGCCGACGACCCCUGCUCCGCCCUACUCCUCGAAGGAAGCCUCUCAUUCCCGCACCACUCGUUCGCGACUUACCUCGCCAGCUUGCUCAGUCUCCUCAUCGCGACGUUCCUCGGAUUCUGCGACGACGUGUUCGACAUCCGAUGGCGGUUCAAGCUGCCCAUCCCUCUCAUCGCCUCUGUGCCACUACUCGUCACCUACGCCGCGGGUCACGGCAUAACGGACGUUGUUCUUCCCAAGCUGUUCGGCUUGCGCGAGCUGCUCGGCGGAGUCGCAACGAACGGGGUUGUGCACCUGGGCCCACUCUAUUACCUUUACAUGUCGAUGCUCUCGACGUUCUGCACGAACAGCAUCAAUAUCCUCGCGGGCGUCAACGGUGUCGAGGUCGCCCAAGCACUCCUCAUUGCCCUCUCAAUCAUCGCCAACGACCUCCUCUACCUCACUUUCUCGCUCUCCCCGCUCGUCCCGCUGCUGCGCUUCCUUCCCGCGUCAAUCCGAGCAUUUCUCCCGCCAGCGGAUGAGCUUACCCAGCGAACGUGGACGUUCGGCUUUGCGCGCGGCAGCCAGGAGUUGGCGGACCGGCAUCUGUUCAGCCUGUACUUCAUGCUGCCGCUCGUCGGCGUCUGCCUCGGUCUGAUCAAGCACAACUGGUAUCCGGCCCGCGCGUUCGUCGGCGACACGUUCUGCUACUUCACGGGCAUGUCGUUCGCGGUCGUCGGCAUCCUCGGCCACUUCAGCAAAACACUCCUCCUCUUCUUCCUCCCCCAAAUCUUCAACUUCCUCUACUCGGUCCCACAAUUGUUCGGCCUCGUUCCCUGCCCGCGACACCGCCUGCCGCGACUCGACAAGAAGACAGGCAAGCUCGUCAACUCGUGGGCUGUGCUUCCGCCUCCUUCGCAGCGGUGGAGUCGACACAAGAUCGGUGUGGCGCUCUUGCGCGCCAUCGAGCCCCUCGGGCUCGUUGGGCUGCAGCGGGACCCGUCGACGUCCGAAAUCACCGCCUGCACGAACCUCACCAUCCUCAACCUCCUCCUCCUCCGACUAGGAUCGGUCAGGGAGGACAGGCUGACGAAGCGGUUGAUGUGGUGUCAGGUCGCGGGCAGUGUGGUUGCGUUUGCAGUGCGGUAUGGCGCGGGUCGACUCGUGUAUCCCGACGGGGCGAGGCAGUAG